AUGCAUAUGAGUAGAAUUCGUGGAGAAUCGGGUCCGAUAAAGAGAAGAAGACAACCUGAAUUUCAAUCGAUUAAGCAUUCGACUUAUUAUGAUGCUUUAUUACAGCUACCGCCACUAAUAUCACACAAACAACUGACUCAAGAUGCUAUUUUCCGAGAAGUCCAAGAUGAAGUUCAACAGGUGAAGAAGGACGUCGCUCACAUCGACAAUCUGGUGACAAACGACAUAGCACUAGAGUUGGGUCAAACGGAGAAGAUUGAGAAUCAACUGAAAUUGUCAUUAAGGAAGUUGAAUCGCCAUUACAGGAAGACGUUCCAAGCACGGAAGGUUUAUACAGCCAAAUUUGAUUCAGAUUACCGCAGCUGUUCAGAUAUGGUCACUAGCAUUGACAAUGCGCUAGCUCUGUUGCAGUCAGAUUCUGAAGAAUUAAUGGAAAAAGUAAACAAGAAGGACAGGGAACUCCCUCUCAAAAACAGGCUGCUUAAUGACAUAUCGUUUAACAAGCGACAUUAUCCGCUUUUGUUUGAAGUUUUAAAGCAAAGCAUUUCAGAAGAGAACCGCUCGGAAAAUAACUCAGAAUACUCUCGUUUAUCUUCUGAACAAAUAAUGGAGAGGAACAAUGCAAACAGGCCUGAAAUUUCGAGUAUUGAUUAUCAACCAGUAGUCAAUAACGACAAUUGUCAAGGAUGGAUAGGUGAGGAAAUCUCUCAUCAAGUCAAUCACCCCAGUACCACUUCGAGUGGUUUGCUUGUCCCAGACUUUCGUCUAGUCUCUGCUGCCUCGGUAAGUACCUGUUUCGACCAAGCAACCCGACAAGAUGAUGUAGACAGUAAUUCUAAGUGGAAAAGUUCAAGUAGUUUACAAGAUAGCCUAACUAUUCGAAGAUGA